CACCGCGAGAUAGUAAGUGAAUCCGACUAAUUCCAAUCGUAUUAACGGUUUCGAUACCAACCGGGAUGCAGGGUUGUGCUUUUGCCGUUGCAGUGAAUCUUCUUUUCGCUGGUUGUCUGUCGUUGUUCUUCCCAAGGUAUGCCCGAUGCUCCAACAUAUGAAUGGUCACCUGACUUCGACAGUCUUAUAUCUGGACUUAGCUCCCCAGGAACUUUGGGCUUAUUCUCUUGUUUCAACUUAGUCGCGUGGGUCCUUGUGUUUCUCUUCGUCGAAGAGACGAGGCGGAUAUCACUCGAAGAUCUCGAUUUCAUUUAUUCGGUGCCCAAAAGUAAGUUUUGGAGGUAUCAGCUAUACGAGUACCUUCCUUGGAUAUUAAGGAAAUACUCAAUAUCGCUAUUUGGGCGAAAUCAGGAGGCUAUGGACAAUCUGGCAGACGAGGAGCCAGUUUCCAAAAGACGACGGAGUCUCUCGAAACCACAACUCUACAAGCCGCCUGAUUAUCCUGAAGACCAUGAUUGUCAUGACGAUCACAUGGAUGCUUCUACAAUCGACUUAGAGCUACGCACACUUGACUCAGAUGAGGAUAGAAUUACUGUGGCUAGUCGAGGCUGAGGUCAGCGAAAAUUUAUAUGCAUUUAACAGCCAUGGAUUCAUUGAAUCAUUAAAAUUGAGACUAAAAUUUGCCAUCCAAUCGGGCUUCUCGGAUCUCUCAUCGAUUCGAGUUGUCCGAAGCUCUUGAAUUUUGAACCAAUAAAAAUAUACUUACGACGAGCCCAAAAGGACAACGAAGCUACCUCGUCAUCAGUUUUAGAACAGCCGUAACUUCACGACGACACCUGGUAUUCACAUUCUGACUACUGAUCUACUGAGACCGCCAUCAUCGAGGAAACUAUUUCCUUUACAUA